GCCACACACAACAGAAGCAAAGCAACAGCCUGUGAGUGCACUUUGUACACUGUCACUGGCGUAGCUAGCUAGCUAGGCAGAGAUGGCGAAGAAAGUGCAGGUGAUCGCUACGCUCCUGACCCUGAACCUUCUCUUCUUCACCUUCGCCAACGCCACUGGCCGUCCCUGCCCUCCUGGCGGGGGCAGCGGCGGGGGAGGGAGCGGUGGCGGUGGGGGAGGAGGGGGGACCGGUGGCGGGGGAGGCGGCAAUUGUGGUGGCGGGAACUGUGGUGGGGGAGGAAACGGUGGCGGCGGAAACGGUGGUGGCGGGAACUGUGGAGGAGGGAACUGUGGUGGAGGCGGAAACGGUGGUGGUGGCAAUGGUGGAGGCGGAAACGGUGGCGGCGGGAACGGUGGCGGUGGGAACGGUGGGGGCGGGAACGGUGGCGGUGGGAAUGGUGGCGGCGGAAACGGUGGCGGUGGGAAUGGUGGCGGCGGAAACGGUGGCGGUGGCAAUGGUGGCGGCGGCAACGGUGGGGGCGGAAACAGCACCCAGUGCCCUCUGGACGCGCUGAAGCUGGGGGUGUGCGCGAACGUGCUCGGGCUGCUGAACCUUACCCUGGGGAGCCCGCCGGUGCAGCCGUGCUGCUCGCUGAUCCAGGGGCUGGCGGACCUGGAGGCGGCGCUGUGCCUCUGCACGACGCUGAACCUCAACCUUCUGGGCAUCAACCUGACCUUGCCCAUCGCCCUCAGCCUCGUCCUCAACAACUGCGGCAAGAACGUCCCCUCCGGCUUCCAGUGCCCAAACUGAGCCGGCCGGACCCUGCAUCCGCCAUACCUCAUGCACGCACGCAUGCAUGCAUGACUGGCUAUUUGAAGUACCACUACGUACUUGUUGUGUGCUUUAAUUUCUUAAUCAUCUGCUGGUUUUUAUGUGUGGCUGGAUUUCGAUUGCGGAGAAACUACGUACUACUUCUCCAGGUUCUACGUACGUACAAGCACGCACUGUUACCUGCGUGCGUAAGGAUUUCGUUGUGUGUGUGUGCAUGAUGUGUUGUCGUAAUCGUCACAUGUUUGUGAUGAGUUGGUUAUUGCCAGAGUGCUCAUGAUGUACCGCUAUCUCCGACUAAAUAAAAGAUUUGCUAUUUUCCAUUA